CCUACAUAGACAUGAAAACGGGAAUAAGGGUAUUAUGCAAAAAAAGUCGGUGGGGAAAGAACGGGCUGUUUUGAUAAUAUAAUAAAUGACAAAUUCACACUAAUUGGACGGAGAAAUAUGUACGUUUCGAGAUGUAAUUGCAUAUUAUUGUCUCGGAGCCCUACAUUGCGAAAAGUCUGUAUUCGUCCUCGAAAUUCGGAAUUUCAACACGGCAAACAUUUUUUAAUAAAUAAAUAAAUUAUUCUGAGCCAAGAACGGGAGUUGAGGAGCACCCGUAUCCACGGUAUUCGGUUUCCCAUAUUUUUGCAUGACGUAAUUCAUGUCGGGUUAUUUAACCUUAUGUAUUUCACAGUUUUUAUAAACUUUCCAAGUCAAUACUUGUUUGAUUCGAUCACCUUUUAGAAAAAUGGCUGAUGCAGUUUUGUCUAACCCAAACCAAAGAUUGGUGAGCAACAGGUUUGAUGAUGUGGAGUGUCACAACCAAGCAAGUGAUAUUGAAAUUCCAUCCUCUUCUUUCAAGACUAUCUUGAGAAAGAGAAGGCUCAUUAUCAUCUCAACCCUCUCACUUAUUCUGAUUGCUAUCACUUCAACUAUUCUUUCCGCAGUUUUCAUUGUCAAGGCAAACCAAGCAAAGACCUUCAAACAUGACCUUGAGUCCCUCAUUGACAAGGAAUUCAGCUUCUUGGACGCCGAUGCAAGGGACAAGUACGUCGAUGAAUUGGUCACACUCUUCAAAAAGGGCUAUGUAUCUGAUGACUUCAGAUUGGAGUUCGAGACCUACCUUGAGUUCGAAGCCUACAAUGCCAAGUACUCUGUGAAGCACAAGAACGAGAAGGAACGCAGGGAGAGGUUCUCAUACUUCCGCAACGACUACCAUGACAUCAAGAGCAGAACCGGAAAGGAAUUGUACAUGAAGGAAAUCAACAACUACACUGAUAUGACCGACAAGGAGCUUCGUCUCUUGUUCCCCAAGAUCACCAACUUGCCAAAGUCCAAGAAGGCCGAAGUCAAUCCCGUUUCCAAGAUCAACGUCGAAAUGUCUGCUGACUACUUGUCCAGCUUGAAAGCCGCAAGAGAUGGCCAAGAAGUCGGUGACGUUGACAAGAUCACUGGUGAAGGUCUCGAUUGGAGAAAGGCUAAUGCUCUUACCUAUGUUAAGGACCAAGGCACCCUCGCUCCAUCUGACUGGGCCGUUACUGUCAUUGACUCUGUUGAAAGUUUGUUCAAGAUCUACAACAAGGAGAGGAGCGUUCACCUCAGCUUCCAAGAACUCUUGAACUGUGACUUCAAAUCCCAAAAGGAAGGAAACAUCUCCUCUGCCUUUGACUACGUCUCAAACGGUAUCUCAUCUGCCUUUGGAUAUCCCUACUCUGGUGUCAGAUCAAGGUGCAAAAACCCCUCUAACUCCAAAAAGUAUGAGAUUGGCUCCAAGAUCUUCAUGACUGGCAAGGAUGUCUUGAACAAAUCCCUUGUCAUCUCACCAACUGUUGUUGCCAUGUCAAUGCACAGGGAAUUCUUGUCAUACAAGGGCGGUCUCUACGACGGACCCUGUGCCAAGUCACUUAACCACUACGUUUUGCUCGUUGGUGAGGGCUAUGAUGAAGACACCAAAUCCAGGUACUUCAUUGUAAAGAACACCUUGGGACAAAACUGGGGUGAGAACGGUUAUGCCAGACUCGUUAGGACUGACGAAAAAUUCGACAAAUGCGAUAUAUUGACUGUUGGUUUUAACCCAUCCUUCACUAAAGUCGAAACUGAGGAAGCCAAGAAGGAGAGGGAGAAACAAGAAGCUGAGAAGAGAAAGAAGGACGAGAAGGCAAGAAAGGAAGAAGAAAAGAAGGCCAGAGAUGCCAAAUCCGCCGCUCCUAAAGCUCCCGCAAAAAAACCAUUAAGAAAGUAAUAAAAUAUAUCCAUUUUUAAUAUGUUUGUAUUGUCACU